AUGAGGAUUUCCUUUACCUCAAACCGAUUUGGCUUCUUCAUCGUCUUCACUGCAUGCUUAUGUAUAUACUUUGCUAUUCAAAAGAAUAAAACUCAUAAAAAGAAAGAUAUCGUAAGUAUAUUUUCAAGGUUUGAGAUCCCAACCAGUAAGUACACCUCCAUAUUGGGUCCUAAACUUGAUAAGCUUCCUAAUCAAGAUGAAGCUAAAAAAUUAUUUCAACUAUGGAAGAAAGAACACGGACGAGUCUACCGCAAUCAAGAAGAGAUGGAAAAGAAACUUGAAAUUUUUGUUUCAAAUUUGAAGUAUAUCGUAGAGACCAAUGCAAAGAGAGACUCGCCUUAUAGCUCUCUUCUUGGUCUGACUAAAUUUGCUGAUUUGAGAUUCAUGGAGUUCAAAGAAAAAUACAUGAGCAUGAACACUGACACAAUGGAUAUUGUGAAUGAUGAUGUUGAUGAAUUAACAUGUAGUAAACCACCUCCAACUUUGGACUGGAGGUUGAAAGGUGCAGUCACUCCAGUUAAGGACCAAGGCGAUUGUGGUUGUUGUUGGGCAUUCUCAUCUGUUGCCGCUAUUGAAGGAAUAGUUGCAAUAAAGACAGGGAAGCUUAUCAGCCUUUCAAAUCAAGAGCUUCUAGAUUGUGAACCAUAUGGAAGUUGUGAUGGAGGAAAUGCACACAAAGCAUUAAGUUGGGUAGAAGGAAACAAAGGGCUUGCAACACAAGAUGAUUAUCGUUAUACUGAAAAGAAGGGUGAUUGCAGAUCCUCCAAGAUUCGAAAUAGUGCAACUAGUCGCAUUAAAUCACAUCAUCUCGUGAAGAGUUCAGAGAAAGCUAUGUUGUGUGCCGUUGCUAAACAGCCUCUGAAAGUUAGUAUUCAUGCAGAGACACGAGAAAUUCAACAUUAUUUCGGUGGAGUAUUUAGAGGUCAAGAUUGCCCGUUUAAUUCUACGGAUACAAAUCACGGCUUGGUAAUAGUGGGUUAUGAUUCUGAAGGCAGUAACGAAUAUUGGAUUGUGAAGAAUUCAUGGGGCACAGAUUGGGGAAAGAAAGGUUAUAUCUUUAUAAAAAGGAACACUGGUAAAAAGCAUGGAGUGUGUGCAAUCAAUGCAUGGGCUAUGGAAAUAGUCAAAAAUAAAUGA